GCUAAAAUUUAAACUAAUUCUAGGUUUAUGACAUAAGAGUUGUGUGAAAGAAUAAAGAAAGAUACCAGCGAUAUGGACAGUACUGAUAGGGAAUCUGGUCAACAGUGUAAUCACAUCAAAACAGAGAUAAAAACAGAAAUAAAGACUGAAAUAAAAACAGAAAUAAAGACUGAAAUAAAAACUGAGAUAAAGACUGAAGAAGAAGAAUUACAAGGCAAGACAGGGGGCUUUAUCUGUCCUGGAUGUUCAGAACAUUACUUUUAUGAAGAGUAUUUCUUGGAGCACAUCAAAGAGCAACAUUGUCCGUCCCAUAAUAAUAAUAUGAUGCAACAUGAUGAAAAUGAUCAUAAUCCAGUAAUACAAGAGAGAACAUCUUACCCCACACUCAAUAAUGCUGAUCAUCCAGACAGAGCACAGCAGAUAUCUGAUAAAGAGGAAUGGUCACCUUGUGACAAUGUUCUUGGUGAGUCUCUUGAGUGUCAGAAAGCCCCAACUAAUGCAAAUGUUAAGCGAUUCAAAUGCACUGUUUGCUUUUAUGCUACCAGUAAAAAAUCAAAUCUUACCAUCCAUCAAAGGAGACAUACCGGAGAAAAACCUUAUAAAUGUUUAGAUUGUGACUAUGCUGCUACUUCGAAAUCAGAUCUAAUUAGGCAUCAAAGGAAGCAUACUGGAGAAAAACCAUACAAAUGUUUAGAUUGUGACUAUGCUGCUCCUAGGAGAUCAAAACUUACCAUGCAUCUAAGGAAACAUACCGGAGAAAAACCAUUCAAAUGUUUAGAUUGUGACUAUGCUGCUUCUGCGAAAUCAGAUCUCAUCAGGCAUCAAAGGAAACAUACCGGUAACAAACCAUUUAAAUGUUCAGAUUGUGACUCUGUUGCUGCUCAGAAAUUGCAUCUUACCAUCCACCAAAGGGGACAUACUGGUGACAAACCAUUUAAAUGCUUCGAUUGUGACUAUGCUACUGCUAGGAAAUCAGAUUUUUCCAUCCACCAAAGGAAACAUACCUGAGAAAAACCUUUUAAAUGUUUAGAUUGU